CCCAGCUGCCACCGCAACUACCUGGCCGAGCGCAGGCGCAGAAAGCCCACGCGCAGGCUACGUCCCCGGCCUCUCUGCUUGCGUCUCUGCACAUGCGCAGGGACCCAAACCUGUUUGAGUGCGUCGUUUUUCUCUUUCUAGAGCUCUUUUGGACACUGAAGGAGCCCGGUAUGACAGAACGGAAACCCAGAGUAAUUUACAUCCAAAGAAUGGUGGGAGAGGGUUGGAACCACUGAAGGAGGAACCCCACAUGACUGUCACUUAUAUGACGCUUAUAAGCGACUUUAACUUCUCAGGUGUGAAAUGCGCUUGCGCAAAUCUUGUUCAUGCCUAGGUCAAACUGAGAAACGUCAGAAAUCGUGGGGCGGGGAGCACUAGUUUCCUAUUGGCUGAUAGUCUCAACGCAUAGGCCCUGGAUUGGACGGGAGAGAGCAUAUUGCGUACGGUCUGUUAGUGUUCCAGUGCGGGAUUGGUGGGCCCCAGGGUUUUGGCUUUCCAAUUGGCUGAGGUCUUCAUGGGCGGAGAAAGUGGGAGGUUUGAAUUUGAAGCGAGUAGAGCGUAAUAGUCCACAGGCGGUUUGUGGAGGAGCGCUGUGAGCUUCGGUUAGUGGUGAUCAGCAACAUGUCCUUUCCUAAGGCGCCUCUGAAAAGAUUCAAUGAUCCUUCCGGUUGUGCUCCGUCUCCAGGGGCUUAUGAUGUUAAAACUUCAGAAGUAUUGAAAGGGCCUGUAUCCUUUCAGAAAUCACAGCGAUUUCAAAAACAAAAAGCAGAAGCUCAACAAAAUCCUACUUUUGACAAAGAUACUACUACCUUGCCUGCUUCAGCAAAAAAAGUGAAGACUUCAGGAUUAAAGAAGGAAUCUCAAAAGGAUGAUAAAAACUUGAAGAUAUUGGAAAAAGAGAUUCGUGUUCUUGUGCAGGAACGUGGUGCUCAGGCCAAGCGGAUCCAGGACCUGGAAGCUGAGUUUGAGAAGAUGGAAGCAAAGCUAACUGCUGCCGUCAGGGAAAAAACUUCUCUCUCUGCAGACAAUGCUUCACUGGAGAAACAGCUCAUUGAAUUAACCAGGACCAAUGAGCUGUUAAAAUCUAAGUUUUCUGAAAAUGGUAACCAAAAGAAUAUGAGAAUUCUAAGCCUGGAGUUCAUGAAACUAAGAAACAAAAGAGAAACCAAGAUGAGGAGUAUGAUGGCUAAACAAGAAGACAUGGAGAUGAAGCUGCAGGUCACCAAGAGGAAUCUCCAAGAAUCUCAGGGGAAAAUAGUGCAACUUGAGGAGAAACUUGUUUCUGUAGAGAAAGAAAAGAUUGAUGAAAAAUCUGAAACAGAAAAACUCUUAGAAUACAUUGAAGAAAUUAGUUGUGCAUCAGAUCAAGUGGAAAAAUACAAGGUAGAUAUUGUCCAAUUAGAAGAAAAUCUAAAAGGGAAGAAUCAUGAAAUUAUAAACCUUAAGCAGUCUCUCGAGGAAAACACCGUUAUGUUGUCUAAACAAGUAGAAGACCUGAAUGCUAGAUGUCAGCUGCUUGAAAAAGAAAAAGAUGACCUUGUCAUCCGGGGUAGAGAACAAGUUGAAAAUCUAAAUGCUGAGAUACAAAACUUAAAAGAGAAGUUUAUUCUUGAAAGACAAGAACAUGAAAAGCUACAACAAAAAGAGUUGCAAAUGGAUUCACUUCUCCAACAAGAGAAGGAAUUAUCGUCUAGUCUUCAGCAGAAACUGUGUUCUUUUCAAGAGGAAAUGAUUAAAGAGAGAAAUCUCUUUGAAGAAGAAUUAAAACAAGCACUGGGUGAGUUAGAUGAAUUACAGCAAAGGGAGGAAGAUGCUGAAAGGCUAAUCAAGCAACUGGAAGAGGAAACAAAGUCUAAAGCUGAAGAACUAAAAUCCCUACAAGAGAAGCUAAAAGGGAAGGAAGCUGAACUGGAGAAAAGUAAUGCUGCUCACACUCAGGCCACUUUGCUUUUGCAGGAAAGGGUUGAUAGUACAGUGCAAAACCUUGGAGAUGUUACUGCUGAAUUUGAAAGCUACAAAGCAUUAACAACUAGUGAAAUAGAAGAUCUUAAGCUAGAGAACUCAUCACUACAGGAAAAAGUGGCCAAGGCUGAAAAAUGUACAGAGGAUGUUCAACAUCAGUUCUGGGCAGCUGAGAACGCAAAUCAAGAAUAUGCAAGGAUGCUUCUAGAUCUGCAGACCAAAUCAGCACUUAAAGAAGCAGAAAUUAAAGAAAUAACCGUUUCUUCUCUUAAAAAAAUAACUGAUUUGCAGAACCAACUCAAGCAACAAGGUGAAGACUUUAAGAAACAAUUGGAAGAAGAAGCAAGAAAAGCUGGAAAAGAAAAUGCAGUGGUAGAAUUAACUGAGGAAAGUAAUAAGUGGCGUCUGCUUUAUGAAGAACUGUAUAAUAAAACAAAGCCUUUUCAGCUACAACUGGACGCAUUUGAAGCAGAGAAACAGGUUUUGCUGAAUGAGCAUGGCGCAGCUCAGGAACAGCUGAAUAAACUAAGUGAUUCGUAUGCUAAAUUAUUGGGUCAUCAGAAUCUAAAGCAAAAAAUCAAGCAUGUUGUGAAAUUGAAAGAUGAAAAUAGCCAGCUCAAAUUGGAAGUAUCAAAACUCCGCUCUCAGCUUGCAAAGAAAAAACAAAGUGAGACAAAACUUCAGGAGGAAUUGAAUAAAGCUAUGGGUAUCAAGCACUUUGAUCCUUCAAAGGCUUUUCAUCAUGAAAGUAAAGAAAAUUUUGCCCUCAAAACCCCGUUAAAGGAAGGUAGUACAAACUGCUACUGAAUACAUAUGGAGUUUCAAGAAUCAUGCAAGUAAACAUCUGAAAAUCCUGCUAAAGAUUAUUUUAUUUUUUAUUGUUAAUAUUAUUAUUAUGUUUAUAAUGUGUUUUUAUAAUGUUGUAUAUAAUUUUAACUGCCUAUCCUUAGGUAUGUGGGAACAGGUUCAACAUUUUUUACCAGUGUUCCUUCUGAUAUUUUAUUUUCUAUAGUAAUUCCUUUAUGCUCACAUUUAUCAACUCAUUUUAAACCUUCUAGAUGUGUUUCCAACUUAUAACUUAUCCUAUCAAAUCAAUCUUCCUCGAAAAUCACUAUCAUAUCAUUUCCCCCCUAUUCUGACACUUUAGAUGGUUUCAAGAUUCUAAUCUCCAGGCUUUUUUUGACUUUGAUACUGGAGGCCUCUUUCUGAACCCACCUUUUUAGCUAAGCUAAAGAACCUUAGCCUGGUCUUGCCUCCACUUUGAUUCCCCUAAUAAUGUUCAUUCUGUCCCACACAUUAUCUACUUGUUCAGUUCAAAUAAGAAAUAAGGACACACUUAACUCAACAGCAAUCUCUGUCUCCUGCAGGAGUCACUGAGGUUGUUCAAUAAUUUAUUGAAGUUUCCUAGGCCUCAUCCUAAAUGUCCUAAAUUAAAUUCCAGGGUUUCGCCUGUAAAUCUAAACUUUUAACAAACUCUGCAGUUAAUCCUUAAACCCACUGCCAGAUACAUUAAAAUCUGAGAAACUGCUUGUAACUUCUUUAGAGAAUUUUUCUUCUGCUGUUUGUCAUCUGCCUGUCUACUGAGUGUUGUCUUAGUGCUUGUGUUAUAUGAAAUAAAAGCACACAGUAAAUCAUUGACUCAGUUAUUCAGCUAGCAUUUUAUGAAGUUACAUUAUACUUAUGUUUAAGAUGUACUUGUUGUCUCUGCCUUCUCCUCCUUCGUUCAUCUGCAGAAUCACAAAUGGUAGCAUACUAUUUGGAAAGUGGUAAUUCUUCCUCUAAAAUGUCCAAUUUGCACAGUUGGUAGGAUAUUAUAAGCUUUCACUUUUGUAAUGUUUCCCUGUUGAUGGUCCAACAGAGACCAUCACAGAGUAGC